CCUAUCGGGUGUCACUUGACGUUCCCCGUUGCGGACCCUUCGAACACACGAUCUAACUCCAGCGCCCCUGCAGAACUGCGGCGAUGUUUUGACCAAAAAGAAGCUCGACCCCCACAGAAGCCGUUGUCGUGGUGCUACCUUCACUUGCAUCGAUUGCAUGGUACACUUUCCCGGGACCGACUAUCGCUCUCAUACUAGCUGCAUGACCGAGGAUCAAAAGUACCAAGGUGCUCUAUAUAAAGGAAAGAAACAGAAGCCGCAGCAGACGUUCGAAGCCGAAGUCGUCGAGGCCACCGAGCCGGCCACACAACCCAACAUGUCACAUCACGCAUAUGUCGAGGAUUACAACGAGGAGUACGAGACUUAUAGGGACUACCAGAUCCAAGAGUCUGACUUCGAUGGCGGUUUCCCGCCAGAGGCUCCCACCCCGCCAUCUGCCCUGCCACUUGAUGACAGAAUCAACGUUUUCGACUUCAUGCAAGAGCCGACACCAAAUGCUUCCCAUAUGGACUUGCCCGUGCCCGGUGCAUUCCCGACGACCGGUGGACGGCAACUCGUUCGCUUCAACAACGACGUCGACACCUACGUGGAUCCUGAAGGUUACAUGGUGGACCAUGAGGACAACGUUCAGUAUGGCCCAGGACACGCCCAUGCCUACGAAACUCCGGUGCCCAAGGCCUCCCGGAGAAAGAGCAAGGAAAGCGAGGUCAAGAAGGACAAGAAGCGCAAGCGGUUGCACAUUGACACCAGCCCUCAGCCUAUGACCGCAGCCGACGAGGUCAUGACCGACGCACCCCCCGUCCUGCACUCUGGCCUCACCGGCGGACUUAACAGGAUGAUGCGACCAUCUCAAUUCCCGCCUUCUCCCGACUAUUCUGGUGCCGAUGGCGACAACAACUCCCCCGCGCCGACGAGCCCCCUCAAGAAGCCCAAGGACGCGAAACCCUCCAAGACCACUCGCACCGAAUCAUUCGGAAGCGGGCUCAAGGCGCUCAUCAGCGGCAGCAGUAAGCCGAAGGCAUCGAAGAAGCGGAAGACCAAGCACGUUGGCGACAAGAAGGAUCGGAAAGAACGCAAGGAGCGUAAAGAGAAGAAGGACCGCAAGGAGCACAAGAAGCACCACCACUCUGGCACAGACGACGACAAGAAGCCCAAGCUGAUUGAGUAUCGUCCUCAAUCCAGCGAUGGCCCCAAGGAGGGGGAGACGGGCGCCAUGGUCUUGUACAAGCCCAGGUCGGAUCUCUUCCUCAGCUUCUGCACCAAGGGUCCCGAUAGUGAACGUGGCUGCAGCGUGAACAAGGCGCUCAAGCGCUUCCAUCGCGAGAGAGACUCGUCUGCUGACAGCCUUGGCAAGUUCAUCGAGGAGAAGGAGCUUUGGCGUUCGUUGCGGAUGCGCAAGAACGACCGGGGAGAGAUCGUCCUCUUCUCGAUUGCCGAUGCCGAAGAAUGAGGUGAUGCAGAGAGGAAACUAAUAGAAGGGGACUUCAUGGCGUUUGUACAGGAUUUUUGCUUUUCAGGUCUCCAACACGGUCUUGGGGGGAUCAAUGAUACCAAUGGGGGCGUGACGGCCAUAUCGUCUGGAUUACUGGGAAAAGACACACAGACCUUGCGGUCGGGAUG